CUGGUCAUCGAGUACCCGCCCAAGCGAAACACAGUCCCCUUUCCUGCAGUCAUGCCUAGCAUCGUACUACCACCUGUACCUCACUACGUUCGACCCGCGCCAACAAAGGAGCCACUGGACUAUGCCGAUCUCACUAUCUUAGACUUUUCAAAGAUGCACACCCCAGAUGGUCGUGCAGAGCUCGCCUUGCAAGUGCGCCAAGCGAUGUCCGAGCAAGGCUUUUUCUACAUCAUCAAUCACGGGUAUACCCAGGCGCAGAAUGAUCGCAUAUUCGAUAUCGCAGACCUUCCGUUCUCGUCCACGUCGGAAGAAGAGAAGGAAAGGUACGCAGCAAACAUAAAAGGUGCCGGUUCCUAUCAAGGAUAUAAGAAACGAGAAUUCUGGUAUGUUGACGGCGGCGUCAGAGAUCAAAUUGAACAUUACAAUAUUAACCGUGAUGUUACGAGGAAACAGCAUCCUGAGGCCCUCCGUCCUCUGCUGCCGGAAAUCGAGGCGUUCGCUAAGUUCAAUCAUUUUGAAGUUCUCCAUAACAUCCUCCGAUUAUUCGCGCGUGGCAUGGAACUUCCAGAGGAGACAUUCGUCAACAAUCAUGACUUCAACGCUUGGGGUGAAACGUACGUGCGUUUCAUGAAGUACUAUCCUCGCUCAGAAGAAGAUGAGAUCAAAAGCAAAAACGUGUGGCUGAAGGGCCACACAGAUAUCGGAUCCAUCACUAUCUUGUGGAGUCAGCCGAUCGCUGCGCUGCAAAUCCUCUGUGUGGACGGCCAAUGGCGUUGGAUCAAACACAUCGAUAACGCACUAGUCGUGAACGCCGGGGAUGCAAUGGAGUUCCUAUCAGGCGGACUGUACAAAGGCACAAUUCAUCGCGUCGUUCAGCCCCCCGAAGACCAGCGUGGGUAUACACGUCUGGGGAUAUUCUAUUUCAGCAUGCCAAAUGAUGACGUGAAGCUGGUGCCGUACAAGGAGAGCCCGGUUCUGCAGAGGGUCGGUAUACGUCGUCGCUGCGAUGAUGCCGACGCACCUACCAUGGAGAUCUGGCGUAGAGGCAGGACGAGCGGUUAUGGACUAGCUGAGCUGCGGAAGAGGGAGGAUGGUCAUGAGGAGGAAACGGUGCACGGGCUUGCGGUGAAGCACUACAACUGACUCAUCCUAGUGGAGAUACCACACCAUGAGGUUAUCAGAAGUGUGCGCAUUCGCAUUGUACUUCCUAUCGGCAGUGAAUCGAGUGCCUAUCAGUACUUCGGCUACAGCUGAUAGACCGCAUCGCAUGGAUUAUCUACCAGGGACGUCUUCAUACUCAAAGCAUCCGUUCUUGCAGAUGGUUCUAUCUUUCGUGUUCUGCG